AUGCACCCGAACACCCCUAAAAAUAGGGUAUUUCCUGAGUGUCCACCAUUACCACUCACUGUGUGUGUGUUUUUUCUACUCAGUGCACAUGAAGACAGGAACAGAAUGUCUGAAGAACUUAUAAUGCUUGUCCAGGAAAUGAAAAAGUCUUUUCCAGCCGAGAGACACACUAAACCCAGCACCCUAGAUGCCCUUAAUUAUGCCCUGCGCUGCGUACUUAGCGUGCAAGCAAACGGUGGACUUUUCCUGAACCUCAGCCCACGUGGAGCACCUGAGAUGGGCGUGGCUGUGUACAGUCCUGAGGAGCUGGCCUCACUUGCUUCUGAACUUGCUUCCAAGAACACAGAUGCCUUUGUGGCAGUGUUUUCAUUUCUGUCUGGAAGGUUAGUGCACAUUUCUGAACAGGCUGCUUUGAUCCUGAAUUCUAAGAAAGAUACCUUGAAGUCCUCACACUUUGUUGACCUGCUUGCCCCUCAAGACGUGAGUGUGUUCUAUGCACACACUGUUCGAAGUCAGCUUCCUUUCUGGAACAACUGGACCCAAAGAGCUUCACAGUGUGAAUACGCACCAGUGAAAGCCUUUUUCUGCAGAAUCUGUGGCGGUGGGGACAGAGCGCAGAAGAAGCUUUGCUAUCCAUUCCGGAUCCUCCCCUAUUUGGUUCAUGUUCAGAACUCUGCCCAGCCAGAACCAGAGCCUUGCUGUCUAGCACUGGCUGAGAAGAUCCACUCUGGUUAUGAAGCUCCUCGAAUCCCUGUAGAUAAAAGGAUUUUUACCACAACACACACCCCAGGAUGUGUGUUUCUUGAAGUAGAUGACAGGGCAGUACCUUUGCUGGGUUACCUACCUCAGGAUCUGAUUGGAACAUCGAUCUUAACAUAUUUGCACCCAGAAGAUCGGCCUCUGAUGGUUGCCAUACACCAAAAAGUUUUAAAGUAUGUGGGCCAUCCUCCAUUUGAACACUCACCUAUCAGAUUCUGCACUCAGAAUGGAGAUUACAUCAUUCUGGAUUCCAGCUGGUCCAGCUUUGUGAACCCCUGGAGCCGGAAGGUUUCCUUCAUCAUUGGUCGGCAUAAAGUUCGAACGAGUCCAUUAAAUGAGGAUGUUUUUGCCACUGGAAUAAAAAAGGCAACUAAUAACGACAAAGAUAUAACAGAAUUACAAGAACAAAUUCACAAACUUCUCUUACAGCCGGUUCAUGCCAGUGCUUCCAGUGGUUACGGGAGCCUGGGCAGCAGCGGCUCACAGGAGCAGCACAUCAGCAUCGCCUCUUCCAGUGAGGCCAGUGGACACUGUGUUGAAGAGGCACAGAAGGAGCAGAUGACCUUGCAGCAGGUCUAUGCCAGUGUAAACAAAAUUAAGAAUGUGGGUCAACAGCUCUACAUUGAGUCGAUGACCAGAUCAGUGAAGCCCGUGAUAGACACAUGCAUGGAGCUGCAGGGUGGUGAUGAACAGAAGGACUUUUCUCCCUCUGAGACAUUGAAAAAUAAAAGCGUGUGUACUGGCUCUUGUGAUGAUUUGAGUCGAGAGCAGCACAGCUCAUCCUACCAGCAGAUGAACUGUAUCGACAGUGUCAUCAGGUACCUGACAAGCUACAGUCUUCCAGCCUUGAAAAGAAAGUGCAUAUCCUGCACAAACACGUCUUCAUCUUCAGAAGAAGCCAAGCAGAACCAUGAGGCAGACUGCGCCACAGCACUGCAAGAUACUGAACGGAUCCUGAACAUACCUAAACAGGAAACACCAACAAGUGGACCAUCCACAGAUGCUGACGCUGGAGGAGGUGCUUCGUGGACCCUGCCCACUUCUGCACUGAGCAUGGGCCCUGACGUAAGCCAGUGCAGCUGCAGCAACCCUGCUGUCCAUGCCCCACCCCCACACUCAGAAGGUGCUGCCUUAGUGUAUAAGCCCUGGACCCCGAGAACACAGCCAUCUCCCCUGACUGCGGGAGAAUUUAAGCAUGUGGGUCUCACAGCAGCUGUCCUCUCCGCACACACGCAGAAGGAAGAGCAGAACUACAUUGACAGAUUCCGGGAAAGGACCCUGACCUCACCCUACAGUUGCUAUCUUCAGCGAGAGAGCAGAAACCGUGCUAAGUACUCCUCUGUUCAAGGUGCUUCAGGCUCUCCUUCUAAGCAGACCAGAUGUGCUGGAAGUGAGAGACAGAGGCACAAAAGGAAGAAGUUGCCAGUGUCUUUGGACCCCAGCAACUCCAAUGCUGACUUCCAUUCCCACGUCAGAGGACUCCUUCCCGAUGUACAGCCCUGGAGCCCUUCUGUGGUCUGCUCUCCUCAUGCUCCAAGCCUAGCUUUCCCGGCAGCCCUGGUAGCUCCCAGCCAGGCCCCUUACCUUCUCUCAUCAUUUCCCCUCCCAGAUGUGUCCUCUCUGGGAGUAGGGGACUCUGCAGGCUGGGGAGCUGCCACUGAAUGUCCACCUCUGUCCGCUGGCCCUCAGUCUGCCCCAGCUUUCCCUUCUGCUUACUUGGAUACAUUCAUGACCAUCUUCCUGCACAACUCCCCCAUCUUUCCUCUGUGGUCAGCGUCAUGCUCCCCGUAUCCAUUCCUGGGGGCUGCAGCUUCUUCUGAAAUGACACCCUUAGUACCAGCAAUGGCUCCACACCUGCAAUCGACUUCUCCAGACCACAGUCAAAGGAGAGAGGAAGAGAGCUGGGAGACACACAGUGAAGAGCAUCCAUUUAUCAGCUCAAGGAGCAGUUCACCAUUGCAGUUAAAUUUGCUCCAGGAAGAAGUGCCUGCACCAUCUGAAUCUCCAGAUCCAGUGAGAAGAGGCAUUGGCCCAGAGGCUGAGUGUCACUGUGUCACAGGGAACAGUGGCAGUAGGAGCAGUCACUGUGCCACCGAUGAACUAGCCACAGCAUCAGUGCACCAGGAGUCUCUGUCUGCAGCUGCCUCAGGAAGCAGUACCAGCAGAAUUUACUUCAGUAGCAGCGACUGUUCUGGAUUUUCUGAAAACAGGCAGAAGUCCCAGGAUAGACAGAGAGAUGAAGCCUUUCCCAGGGUGGCUGAAGAGUCCAUCUGGAGAAUGAUAGAACAAACACCAGAGUGUGUUCUCAUGACAUACCAGGUGCCCAAGAGGGGGAGGGAAGAGGUGCUGAGACAGGACCUGGAGAAGCUCAGCAGCAUGGAGCAGCAGCAGCCUCAGUUCUCCCCUGCACAGAAGGAGGAGCUGGCCACCGUGCACUCCCGGUCCACAGCCGCGGCCCCUCAAGGAAGACACCUCCAAAAUUGUGUCACCUGUGAAGACAGAGGUUCACUUGGUAACACUGCAGAGACCCAUGAGCAGCACCCAGGAGAAGACACCAGUUGAGCAACUGUGAAGAUUUCUGUUCACACCUUUUCAAGGUCAUGUGGGACACAGAGGCAUCUUCACUAAACUCCUAACUCUUAAAUGGCAAAGUCAUCAACAUUAAGCUUUUCCCUUGCUGUUUUGUUUUGUUUUUGGUAGCACUAGGGAUCAAACCCAGGGUGCUGCUCUCUGCUGCUGACCUGUACCCCAGCCCUCCUUUCUCCAUCUUCAGUAGCUGACUUUUCCCAAAGCAAGCAUUUGCAUAGGCUCUAGUUCCUGGUAUUAAAACGGCCAUUGAGAAGCCUUCUCUAACGUAGCUGCCUCUGACAGCACCAGAGUGCCUCUGUAAAACUUGAUUUCAGAAGUCACUCUGUGUAAGUUACAGUUACAAUGAAUCCCAAGCCUUAGUCUCAUUUGUUUUGUUCUAUUAUUGCAAAAUCAUUUUCCCAUUAGAAUACUUGAAUUCUGUCUACAAGAUGUGUGGUUCACACGAUGUUUUCCAUAGGCUUUGUACAGCAUGGUGCUUCCCUUCCUGAAUAUGAUAGGACAUUCCACCUUUCUCACAAAAUGUUAGAGUGCAUCGCUCUCUAGUAAAUGUGGGAGUGCUGGUUUUGGUUGUUUGCCUUGGUUCUUGUCCAUGCACUUCCUUUAAUGUCGGUCCUCUCACGGAAACUCCUCCGUAGAUCUGUCUGCUUGAGCAGGGCUUACUCUGGAGAAUUGAAGUUAAGCCUUGCAUGUUGAAAGAGCUGCUUACUCAGCCAAUAGUGUUUUUAAAGGUUUUUUGUUUGUUUGUUUUUUAUUAUAAAAUAAGUGUGAGUAGGUUUUAAAGUGAUGUCGUUGUUAUACUGGAGAUGUAUGUACUUAAGUGCUCAGUCUAACAGUUGAUCACACAGAGGUCUCCAUGCCGACCAGAGCCUGAUUGGCACUGCCUUCUGUUUGCCCUUGAAUAGGGUAAGUGUUUGGGGCCUGCAGAGUGAGGGGAGCUCGGUGACCCCAGCCUUCGGGAAGUGAGUGUGCCUGUUUACCUGUGUGUGCACUCACCAUCCGGUGCUCUAGAUUAGAGACACCCAAGAUCCCUUCUUCAACCUCAGAUGACUGUGGGAUCCGCCCGGUGCAGCUCAGAGGAUGGAACUGGCAGGAAAAGAAGUCUGCAGUAGCCUGCCCUGGACUGGACUUCCAGCGGUCUGACACGUGUUUCUUUUUUGUUGCUUUGUUUUGUUUUAGGAAAAUACUUUUUUCCCUGACAGUUGAUAGCUGUUGAUAAAAGUACUGUCAUUCUGGUCAUGAGAAGGUCGUGAUGACUGUUGGCCCUGUGCUCCAACUCUGUGGCUUAGACUUCUUUUCUAAAAUAAUGGUUUUUCUGGAUGGCAGUCCUGUCGAAAGGUGUCAAAAGCAUUCUCAAGGGCUGCCUAUGACAGUCUUAGAAUUUUCUGCUAUUAUGCAGUUUCACACAAGUAUUCCUGCUGUGUGAAUAGAGACUUCUACUCCAUCCUGGUAGUUAAAUGAAGUCACAGGGAGUCCUGUGUUGGUCAGGCUGGCCUUCUCCAGUGAUUCAGGGAUCAUCCUGCAUCUGUGCACACAUACACCAGACCUGAUGUUCUCUGGGAAGGUAAGGCACUUUCCUGUCUGUUCUGGGCACGUGUUUAUCUACCGCUCCUGUGUUCUCUGCCUUAGUUUCAUCUUGUAGAGUACGUAUGUCUUAUCCAGGCUUGACUUGAAACUGGUGCUUGUAGUCGGGUCUGUAAAGCCUUUACCCAAGUCUCCCCUCUGCCAGAGAUGCCAUCAGUACACUCAGAUCCAGUCCCUGCUGCUGAGGUGGGUCGGGCAGAGCUUGAUGCCCCCCGUGGGGGCCAUACCCAGUGGAAACUCUUGUUCAAGCUUAUUAACUUUUUGUAUUAAUAACUAUUGAAUAACAAAAGUAUGUAUUGUAGACUUCAGUGUUUACAUGACUCUUUCCCCCAAAGCUUUAUUUUUUUGGGUCACAUGUCAGAAUUUAAGAAAACAAGAUGUCGUAUGAAUGGAUUAAAUGAAACAUCACUAUAAUUUACAAGGUGGUGAAUUUCAAUGAAAUUGGCAAUUUGUUUAUAAUUAAUUGUGAAUUUGCUUGUGCUUAAUGGUUAUUAAUCUUUUCAUUGGGUAUCUUUUUUUUUCUUUUUGAGUAAAAACAAUAAAGAGUGUAUGUGUAAAAGUGGAGAA